UGUGACUGCAGUUAUAGUUUUGUUGGUGUCAAAUUGCGCCGCCGGGGGAUAAUCAAUGGAGUCACUGUUACUCUCUUCCCCAGCCUCCUCUUCUUCCUCUUUGUCAAUCUCCCCCAUUUCCUCUCCAACCAAACACGCCCUAAUUCUUCCUAAAUCCCAAAACCUCUCCUUCUCUUCCCCUAACUCCAUUGCUCGCCUAGCAUUGCUCACCUGCGCCGCGCAGCAGAUGAACAACUCUCCACCACCCUCUACGGCGGCUGCAAAGGAGGUGAAAUUAUGGGGCGGCCGUUUCGAGGAGAGUGUUACAGAUGCCGUUGAGAAGUUCACUGAGUCCAUUUCCUUUGAUAAGGCUCUUUAUAAACAGGAUAUUAUGGGUAGUAAAGCUCAUGCCUCUAUGCUCGCUAAACAGGGAUUGAUGAGUGAUAGUGAUAGAGAUACUAUCCUAAAAGGUCUUGAAGAGAUAGAGAGGCAAAUAGAGGCAGGUGAAUUCUUAUGGAGGACGGAUAGAGAGGAUGUGCAUAUGAACAUUGAAGCAGCGCUUACUGAUUUAGUUGGUGAACCUGCCAAAAAGCUACAUACUGCCAGGAGUAGAAACGAUCAAGUUGCUACUGACUUUCGCUUGUGGUGCCGUGAUGCUAUUGACAGCAUCAUUUCACGCAUUAGGAAUCUUCAGACGGCACUGGUUAAACUAGCUCUCCAGAAUGAGGGUCUUAUUGUUCCUGGAUAUACUCAUCUGCAAAGGGCACAACCUGUUCUGUUGCAACACCUUCUCUUAGCAUACGUUGAACAGCUUGAGCGUGAUGCUGGCCGCUUGUUAGAUUGUAGAGCAAGGCUGAAUUUCUGCCCUCUAGGUGCAUGUGCAUUAGCUGGCACUGGUCUUCCCAUUGAUAGGUUUAUGACUUCUGAUUCAUUGGGGUUCGCUGCGCCAAUGAGGAACAGGUACUAAUGUAUGAUAGAUAUAUUG